AGCUUAAUCUAUGACUACGUUUACCAGAAUGCAGUGCGGUCUUAACACAGAACGUGAUUGGCUGCUGGGAACUCGUUUCAGGAAGUAGUGGGCCGUAUUAUAUUUGCCGACUGAAAAUCCUGCACAUGACAAUCUGCUCCAAAGCUCCUCAGUUGGUAAAGAAACUUCUUUUGUCGGAAAACUGCAAGUAACUCCUGUAUUUACACAGCUGUGUCAUGGCUGGCAGACGAGUUGUGGUGUUCCCCUCCUCAGCAGAGCUCGGACCGGUUCUGGCCCAGCUGGUGACAUCUCGGGCUGAGAAGGCCAUCAUCUCUCGUGGCAGGUUCACCCUCGGCCUGUCUGGAGGAAGUCUUGUGUCCAUGCUCAGCAAAGAGCUGCUCGCCUUGCCAGACCUGGACUGCAGCAAAUGGGUGGUUGGUUUCUGUGAUGAGCGAUUAGUUCCCUUUGAUGAUCCUGAAAGCACCUAUGGGCUUUACAAGACUCAUUUGUUUUCCAAGGUCAACAUCCCUGACAGUGGGAUCUUAACCAUCGACUCCUCUCUGCCAGUUAACGAGUGUGCUGAGGACUAUACCCGCAAACUCAAGGAGGCCUUCCCAGAUGACAAUUUCCCCGUGUUUGACUUGUUACUGCUGGGUAUGGGGCCUGAUGGACACACCUGCUCCCUCUUCCCAGAGCACCCUCUUCUGGAGGAAACCAAGAAGAUUGUGGCCUCCAUCAGCGACUCUCCCAAACCACCACCACAGCGUGUAACUAUGACUUUUCCAGUGGUGAACUCUGCACGCUGUGUGGCUUUUGUGUCAACAGGAGGAAGCAAAGCACCAGUUUUGAAGGAAGUGCUGGAGGGUAGAGAGGGUCCAGCUUUCCCAGCAGCCCGUGUUGUCCCGACUAAUGGAGAGCUGUUCUGGCUUGUUGAUGACCCUGCAGCUGCCUCCUUAACCAUCCAGGUAGAGAGGCGAGGCUCAGGGGCCAAACUGUAGAGCGUUCCAUCUAGCAAAUAAAGACAGGAAGUCAACACUGGUGUGAAUGAAGAGACUGGAAAAAUAGCUCAGUAUAAUAGCUCAGUACAUUCCUACUUUCUUAUGAAAGUGUUGUUGGCUUAUGUAGGUGAGAUAAGGAGAUAGGAUAUAAGGAUAAACAAACAAACAAGAAACACUUGAGGACAACUUUGUAAUUUCCAGCAUUAUAUGUGGCACUUAUUUUAAGUUGGUUAGUGUGUGUGUGCAUGUAUGUGUGUCAGGGGUCUAGCUUUAUUCAAGAGAGCAUAAAUAAAUGUUUUUCUUAGCUGAAAAAAGUUGAGGAAAUUAGAUGAAUAAAACAUCAAAGUAUUUUUUUGUUUGUUUUAUAUCUGGUCCACUAACCUGACAGUUACCUUAUCAGUACACUGUGAAAUAUGUGUUCUUCAUGCUCCUCAGCUGAGUUGCCUUCACGGCCUUUGUAAAAUAUCAAAUCCAGUCACACCCGGACACUGAAAAACAGCAUUCCUUUAGUACUUACGCUUAUUUUCAUUAGAAAUUAAACAGAAAAUGUUA